AUGUCUCGCCGCAACACAUCUUCUCCUGUCCGGUCAACUGCAACGCAGCGCCGGGCCACGAUUUCGUCUACUCAAGGUGACUGGGUAGAGCACCAGGAAACGCUCUCCCUUACUGAGUCAAUUUCAAGGCGCCGAGCAAUAAUUUCGUCCGAGGCCACAACUAUCUCUGUGGAAACAAUUUCUCUUACAGCAACGGUUAUAUCUUCCACGCAGUCGCUCCCAAGGAGACGCCGGCCUACAUUCUCCCCUGAACGGCCACCCCCAAGGGGACGAAGUCCAGUGCGCUUCACUAUUUCAAAUUCGUGGGUCAGCUGCACCGUUGGUCUAAUUUUCUUCGUUUCGUGGAAACCUAGGUUUAAAGAGAAGUGGAGCCAAAAAGUAAUCAAGUGCAUCCGUCGUUUAGAGAGCCCUGAGGCCAAAUCACACCUCAUUGGCGACGAGACGGGCCUUCAGAGUGCCUUCAACCAUUCUGUGGGGUUUAUGGUUGGAAAAGUGCUGAAGGCCUAG